AUGCCCAUCAACACAACUCCCCCUACCAAAACGGACGCUAUCGUUGUCGUCGGCGCCGGAAUAUUCGGUCUGAGCACCGUCAUCCAUCUCGCGGAGCGAGGAUACACAAAUGUUACGCUCCUUGACAAGCAGCCUUACGAAAAGACGCUGUAUUCGUACUUUGAGGGUUGCGACGCUGCCUCCGCCGACAUCAACAAGAUCAUCCGCUCAGCGUAUGGUUCCCAGAAGCUCUACCAGGAUCUAAGCCUCGAUGCUAUCAAAGCCUGGGAUUCAUGGACCAGAGAACUUCGGCGUGGUGGCUCAGCAGUGCCUCCGGGUAUGAGCUCACAAGAUGAUCUCUGGAUCAACAAUGGCGACCUUUCUUGCACCGAUGCCGAUACUCUGCCUGAAUUUGAGAGGGCCACGAUCGAUAACAUGGAGAAAGCUGGGUAUCGCGAUACGCAGCUUGUGAACAACAAACCAGAGCACCUGCGCUUGGCCGAGGAAAGGGGCAUGGCGCCGAAUAUACAGCCAUUUUCUAAAAAGCUGCUCGGCGUGUUGGACACGACUGGCGGCAUCACCCUGGCAGACAAGGCUUGUCGCUUUGCCUUGCAUAAAGCCAAGCGGCUAGGUGUUCGCUUUAUUCUGGGCCCGAUCGCUGGAAAAGUUAUUUCUACGGUGCAAGACUCGGCUGGAAAGAUAGUGGGUGUUCGGACUGCCGAUGAGAAGACGCACCAAGCUGCUCUCACUAUUGUCGCCUGCGGGGGAUGGACACCGAGUUUGGUCCCAUCGCUAGACGGGUUUGCCGAGACAACUGCUGGCUCUGUUGUCAUAUUCAAGCUCCCAGAAGGCCUCCGCGAACGCUUCGCUCCAACCACCUUCCCAGCGUGGUCGUUCAAGAUCACCGAGGGAGCUGAAGCUGGGCUGUAUGGGUUCCCUGUCGACGAGAAUGGCCACCUCAAGAUCGGCUACCGGGGAACGAAAUAUACCAACCCGCGAGUUCAACCGGACGGCUGUGAACGCAGCAUUCCAAUCACUCGUUGGACCGAGGAUGAACAAAUCCGCAAGAUCCCCGCCCAGGCGGUCAAGGUGAUCCGCAGGUUCACCGAUGAGUACCUGCCUGAGCUGGCCGGGCUUGAUAUCUCGCUAACAAGGCUAUGCUGGUAUACUGAUUCAUUCGACAACCACUUCAUCAUCGACCGAGUCCCUGACAAGGAGGGUUUGAUGGUUGCGACAGCGGGUAGUGGGCAUGCAUUCAAGUAUCUCCCUACAAUCGGAAGUUGGGUGGUAGACAUCAUUGAAGGUAAGGGCUUGGACAGACCGGCGGUAAAGGCUUGGCGUUGGAGAUCGUCAGCCGAGAACGAGCGACCUGUAAAUGAGCUGAUGGAGGGCUCAGGGGGGAAACGGGCGCUUCAGAAUGUGCUCCUUACCUCAGGGGUAACUCAUAAUUUAAAAUUGUGA